AUAUAAAUAUUUUACUUUAUCUUUCGUCUUUAAGAUAAAUAUUGUAUAUGCGUUGUAAUUUUUGUGGAAUUUUCAUUUAUGGAUAUCAUUAAUGUAUAAUGGAUGCUUAUACCAAACAAGAUAAAAAACAUUAUGCAGUAGUUAAAUUUCUGUCGGAUGGCACAUUUUCUGAAAUUCCUACUGCCUGGCUUUGUAAAGAAGGUGAGACAGAUCAAUGUUGGUGGCCGCCACGAACAGCAAAUAGCGCAAUUUUAAUUACAAAUUGUGCAAGUCCAAAUACCGACAUAUGGAGCAGACAUGAGAUAGAAAUAAUAAAAUAUUGUUCGUCAUUAGAAUCAGCUCGAAAAAGUGCAUCAGAUGCAUAUUAUCACACAACUGAUGACGAACGAUUAGGACGAGGAAAAAGACAAUUGCGCCCAUAUAAUCGAUACGACAGUAGUGAUGAAGAACACGAAGAAACACAAUCUCGAAAAUUUAAUAAAAAACAACGUUAUUCAUGCAAUCGUAGCAAUAAUAGUGACGAAGAAGAAUACGAAGAAACACAAUCUCGAGAAUUAAACAUUAAAGGAAAAAGACUUACAGAAAAAAACUGUUCGAGUGCUAUUGCAUCUACUCUACCAUCGUGUCCUGACAACUUUGGUUUAAAUAAUAAUGUACUCUCUACAUUUAAUACACAUAAUGUCUCACAAAAAAGUUGUGGAAGCCGUUUUAAUGAGACUUUGUCAAAGAAAGGAAUGGAAAGUGUUUCAUUGUCUAAACAAAAAGAAAAGGAAGCCGAAGAAGUGGAAAACAUACCCAUAAUAUUUGAUGGAUAUGUACCGUGUAUAGAGGAUAUAAAAGAGAAUGUGAAUAUAAAACAGAAUUUACAACAAAUGGUACACAUGCAAGCAACAGUAAACAUCACGUUACAAGAUAUAAACCAACGUUAA